CGCGGUCAUACGUCACAGGGGAAGGCGGAAGUCACGUGGGCUGUAGGUAGCGGAAAAAGCUCGAGGGCAGUAGAGCGCCGCGUCGCCCAGUCGCGGCCGUCUCAGCUGACCCUUUGGGGAAUGGAAGGAUGGAGCGAAGUCAGAAGACCCACAGGCCUUCUGAUUUGCACAGUGGGCGCGUCCAGCCCCUUUUCACGGGCUCACCGCCGCAGAGCGCCCGUGUCAGCCGGGAGAGCAUCGUGUCAUCCUCUCUGGCUCGCAGUGUCCAGGACCGAGGACGGGCCCACCGGGCCCGGGGAAAGCGCAAAGACCAGGACAAUGCGGGCAUCGGGCAGCGCCUGCUGAACAUGAUGAGAAAAACUCUUAUGGAGUCUGAGAAUAAAGAACGGGAUGCAGCACGUGAGAAAGCAGCUUUGAUUCCAUUUGGGGAUGUGGUUGGCUGCCUGGCUGUUCAUAUAAAGAACUGCAGACAGUUUUUGCCUUUCAUCUGUUUAAAGCAUUACAAAAACUUGUACAUUCGAAUUUCUGUAAACAACUUUGUGAAAUAUACAAAAAGUUUUAACCUGCUCUCUGGAAACAGUGACAAGAACAUUGUAAUUAAAUUUGAUGAAAUGAAGUUCUUUUCCAUACAGGUUCCCAGACAUCAGGAUGACACGUGGAAUAAUAUUUCCUUGGAACUAGUGCAGUAUAGUGACACAGACGAUUACCUGCUCCUCCUGGGAAGCGCCACGGUGCAUCUUUACGAAGUCAUUCAGAAAAUGUGUUUUACUGAAGAAUUACAGAUGUUGAAUGAAAACACAUGUGUCUGCAGGUUGGACGUGGAAUUUAUGUUUGCGUAUGGAUCCUUUGGUUAUGGAUUUUCACAUCAGUUAAAACCUCUUCAAAGAAAUAUUGAGCCUACUAUGUUUCUGAGUGUUGCAUCACAGCCAAAACCAAAAGAUCUCCCAGUAAAUGGUGUUACACCACAGCCUGACACUGUUGGGAAUUCAGCUGAAGGGCAGCCCCCCACCCAGCAACUUGAAAAACCCCGGGAAAGGUUGGAAAAAAUGAAAAAGGAGUAUAAAAAUUUGAAUACAUGGAAAGAAAAAGCUGAUUAUUUAGAAAGCCUACUUAACCCAGAAUUAGAACCUAAAAAUUCCAAGGAAACUGAUAUAAACAAGAUACCAGAAAGCCUAAAUAAUAACCAAGAUGAAAAGAAACCUGAAGAGACUAUAACGUUGUGUUUUAUUGUCAAGGCCGUGCAACGGCUAAUACUUUGUUGUGAAACGGAAUCCGGGUUCUCUGUCAGGUUGGAAAAAAUGAAAAAGGAGUAUAAAAAUUUGAAUACAUGGAAAGAAAAAGCUGAUUAUUUAGAAAGCCUACUUAACCCAGAAUUAGAACCUAAAAAUUCCAAGGAAACUGAUAUAAACAAGAUACCAGAAAGCCUAAAUAAUAACCAAGAUGAAAAGAAACCUGAAGAGACUAUAACGUUGUAUCUUCCACACAGAAGGAGUAAAGCUGAACCUCCACCAACUGAGUUGCUGGAAGACGAUAAGAAAGUCCUGACUGUGCCAACUUUGAAGCUUGAAGACACAGAUAAUUCAAACGCUGUUGCUCCAAGAACUGAGGAAUCAGCGCCUCCUCCCACAGAUAUUCCGCUCUUCGUUGUUCCCACCCUGAAAGUAACAGAAGAGGAGAAACUACCACCUUUAGAUGAACAGCAACCAAGAGCCACGCUAGAGGAUAAAAUGAAAAACAUGCUGUUACCGCCAGUAGUAAGACUGAGAAACACAUAUCCAAGCAUUUUAAAAUCAGACGGGUCUGCACCAAAGAUUCCAAAAUUUAUAAGCAAGGCAAGUUUUGAUCCUUUUUUAAGGACUGUAUACAACAAAAUACCAGCCAGAAGUAGCAAAGAACAAGAUCCAUACAAAAAUAGAAAUAUUUUACUUGCAGAGGACAUAGAGUAUGAAGAUCAAGAUCCUCCUUAUGCAGCAGGUUCAAAAACCGCAGGAUAUAACAGUAAUACCUGGGCCUCUGAUCCUACUAACGUCAUCACAAAAAUGAUGUCAGACAUAAAGAAUUCCAGAUUUUACAGACCAGGCCAGUUCUGAUCCUUUUUUAAGGCCUAUAGACAACAUAAUACCAGCCAGAAGUAGAAAAGAACAAGAUAGGUACAAAAAUAGAAACAUUUUAUUUGCAGAGGACAUAGAAUAUGAAGAGCAAGAUCCUCCUUACGCAGCAGGUUCAAAGAUUGCAGGACCUACCAUUACAACCAAGGCCAGCAACCCUAUUACCAUUGCAAAAACAAUCUCAGACACAAAGAGUAAGUUUCCUUGUGAUCCUGCUAUCAAUACAACAAACAUUUUGGGCUCUUGGGAUAAAUUAGUCCGUGAUGCUGAUAUCACAAUGAGACCUCCACACCCUACAUUCAAAGAAAAAUUGCCAAGUGCAUCCUUACCAAGCUUCAUAGGACAAUCACCAAUGAUGAGACCAGAAAAUGAAUGUCAUCUCUCCAAGUCUCUAAAUCCUCCCUCCCACAUGGAAAAGUUAAAACUAGGGACACUCAAGUCAAUUUUAAGUAAAAGCCUGCAAAGCCUUUCAGACACGUUAUUUUGUAGAUCAGACAUCUGUAAGAACACUGAAGCAAUAGAGAAAAGUAGUUCUCCACGCCCAAGUAUUCACAAGAAAUCAUCACAGAGUUUAGAAGAUGAAGUAUUUAAAGGCGUGCAAGAUUUAAGUACCUGGCUUUCAGAAAAACACAUGUUAAAUUCAAAGGCUCUUUUAUGUGAUGCAAUUAAAAACAUUUCUGCAGAUUUAGUGUCAGAAGGUAAACCAGGAAAAUCUCUAGAAGGUAGCUCUGAAAAACACUUAGAAGCUGGUGAAACCAAUUUGCCAGCGAAAACAAAGAGUAGUUCCAAAAAGAAACAUUUAAUAUGCGCAAUACCUAGCUCCAAAUCAGGUUUACAUGGGGACGUACACGACUGUUUCAUCAAGGAAAUAUUCACCGCACCAAUCUUCUCACAGUUGGAGGCAGAAAUGAAAAAGCUGAGUAAGACGCAGAUGAAGCGGCAGGAGAGAAGUUUGUCCUCAAAGAGUCUAGUUCCCUCCGGAGAAAAGGAGGAGGUAAAAGAAUCGCCAUGGCCCAGUUCUGUUAUAAACCAGAUAAUGCAAGCAUUUCCUAUGGAUGCUGUUUUAGACUCUGGCGUCAGCAAACUGAUAGAACUAGGAAGAGAAGACCAGAUGCCUCUUCCGCCGCAUAGAAAGAGAGCCUCUGCGGAAGAAGCGCCAGAGGGUUCCACAGUGGACUAUUCAGAUGGCAAAAGCAAGACAAAGCUUCCUUCGGGGCAGAAGAGACCUGUGGGAGGCAGCCAAACCACUUCGCUAGGAGAUUCAACACUGCACAACAAAGCAGAUGUGAUAAGUAAAGGUCAGAGGCUCCGUGGAGGAGAAAGUGUUCUAAAUUCUGCUUUAAAACGUUUAAGUAACCCGUUGCUGGACACGUUUAAUGAGUCAAAAGCAAUGAUGUUAACAUCCCCUUUGAAAAACGUCUUUAAUGCUUUUUUCAAACCUGAUCAGUCUGAAAGAAGAAGACGCUCAGAAGAAUUAGAAACACUAACUGCACAUUCUUACCCAGGUGACACAGAACAUCUGGAAAUCCAAGGGAACUUUAAUAAAGCAGACAAAAGACCUUUUCUGAGUCCAAAGCUGCGUGUGUUUCUAGAAGAACUCUCAGAAUCAGAAAUAAAAGGCUUAAAACUUGAAUUAAGCAAAUAUAUACAACAUUACCUUAUAGAAAAACUUUCAGAUAUAGGCUAUAUCACCAAGGAAGAUUUACCAAGAAUCUACCAAAAUCUCUAUUUGAUGAAUGAGAAAGUAAAACGGAAAGGGCAAAAUAUUUUUCAGGACAAAUAUUCAGAAACUCUAAAAGAAGUUAUGGCUUUUAUAAAUAAUUUAAAAAAUCAUUUCAUAGAUAAAUACUUAGAAAUAAAGCUCAGAUCAUUUUUAAAUGAAAUUCUCCAAAAUUAUUUACUGAAAUACUAUUUAGACAGCAGUUUACUAAAUAAGACAGAAUCUGCACCAACAGUACACUCAAAUGCAUCUCCCAUAAGAGCUAAACAUACCUCCAAGUCUUUUUAUGAGUCAGAACAAGAUAUUUCAAGGGAGAAUUUUGGUAGAAGGCUUGACAUAAACAUGAAAUAUCCUUUAGAGAAAUCUCUACAAAAUUAUCUUAUAACUCUAUCAGAAACCGAAUUACUAAAUCUAAAAGAGAAUUUAAGUAAACAUAUCCAGAGAACUUUCAUAGAAAAACUUUUAAAAUCAGGAUUAAUAACAGAGAAGCAAUUAAAGGGGAUCAACCAACAUAUAAAUUUGGUGAAUUCCAGUUCUAGCCCGUCGAAAUACAUAAAAACAGAUUUACCUUUUAGAGAUGACAAUGGCUUUAUGGCGGACCAUUCAGGACAGCAAAAUGAAUGUUCAAAGACUGGUCAAAGCACUGCUUCACAAAAUAUUACUGAGGGUGAACGUAUAGAGACAGGAUUUAACAGGAAAGAACAAAAGGAAUAUUUUUCCGUACACAAUUCAAGAGAAAAUGCACCAACACUUCAGCAGCAGAAAAAUUAUUAUUCUAGAGAAGGAUCUAAAACACGAAGUUUAAUAAAAACACAGCCUUAUUCCGACAACAUCCGGGCAAUUUCAUUAAACAGAUCAUCAGAAAGGCUUACAAAUAUAUUGCUUAAGAAACACAAGAAAGAAUAUGGUUUCCUGCAAGCUCCUCAAACAGAAAUCUCUAUGUAUAAAACAGAGACUCAAGACUCAUACAGCAGGGAUGGUAACUCCGAAACCAUUUUGUCAAAAGCUUGCUUUGAAGCAACACUGAAAGCAAAGCCCAUAGAAAAAAGGGAAUAUAUUAACACUUACUCAAUGACUCUUCAGAGAAAGCCGGAAGCAAUAUUGUCACCGUUUCCAAGAAUUCCAUAUUGCUGUAUACCUAGGGACAGUGAAGAUUACUUAAAUAGCUCUACUUUCCCUUUAGGCCAGGCUUACACGUCAACUCAUUUCGAUUUUGAGACUAAGAAACAAGAAACAUUUGACCAGUAUUUUCGGAGAUUAAAAGCAAAUAAUAACAACAAUAAAAAACACCUAAUAACCUUCGGGCAGUACCGAAAAGACAUACAAACUCUGUAUACGAGCCCAAGUGAAAUUUGCGAUGAAAAUUGUGCCGACUUCCCUGAGUCGCGAUCAUUUAAAUAUAAGGAAAAUGAGAAGAAUUCUAAAUCAUUCUUCUUCCCAGAAGUGCUAAAGAGAGAAAAUAUAAAACCCAAGGUUCAAAAAGAAAGAAAACAUGGGAAAUUUAGAAAGUCGUCCAACAACAGAGAUAGGAUAUUACCAACCACACUGCCCACCACAACCAUCCAUGUAAGGAAAUCUAUUCCAAAGACUUCACUUCACUGGACUGCGAGAACAACCAUACACGAUUGCCUGGAUAAGUACGAGGAUGUGUAUGCGACCCCAGUUAAGCACCCUACAAAAACAAAAUCAAGAGCCAGACUUGCAGGAAAGAACCCAGACUGUAGCCAUCAUCGAGGAAGACACGCUGCGAGGCCAUAUACUGCUCCAGGGUCUAACAAGCGAGAAAGCUACAGUGGAAAAUUUCCGAGUCCUCGGAUGGGUUCAGCAGGAUUAAUUCACAUAAAUGAUGCAACUCUAGACCAUACCAUGCAUAAAAUGUUGCCCCCCCAAAUUAAAAGAAGGUAUUGAGAAAUA